GAUGGCCUUCCUCCUGCUGCUGCUGUUGCUGCCGUUUUGACACUGAUUAUUUUGGUAUCCCCGAGAACAUACCGUAAAGGCUUGUGUCACUUCUAAAUAGAUAGUGGGAGAGGGACUGCUUGGAGUCCUAACAAGGCAGCUAGACUUUGCUCAGAGGACUGACAGGCAGACACACACACACAAUAGCAUAAUCACUAGACAAGGUUGAUAAUAGAAAGUAGCUGUUGGCUAAUGUCGUCGCUAGCUUAGCUUUAGCUUUACGGAUAGUUAACUCCUGCAUUUCAUCAGACCAACUGGUGGCACAAAAAGGAAAAACAGCACUUGUCAUCGACUGUUUUGCAAGUCAAGGAGGCUGUCUGUGGAUAUUAAACGCUGCUAAGGCAUCUACUCGACACAGCCACAAUUGAGCAUUGAUUACCUGAACUGAUCCCGGCUCUAUUGAGAAUUGUUGCUGUACAAACUCUUAUUUUGUAUCCACUACUUCAAUGUAACUGCAGACAAGGUUGUAUGCUCCGUGUUGCCGCUGACCCGUCAGGUUGGCACUGCGACCCGCACCAUGAGGGCUCUGGCUCUGGGUGUUUGCUGGCCAGCGUAGACGGCGACAUGUCCCGGUGGUCCUCCUCAUCCUGAUGGACCGAGACACCUUCUCCCACAUCCGCCUGUGGUGCCCCCGCCCCUUCGGCACCUACUCCCAGAACAAAGCUAGGAGCCCAGGCUCAGGGGGCAGCGGGGGAGGAGGAGGAAGUGGAGGAGGAGGAAGUGGAGGAGGGACGGGGACCCCCAACCUCUGCAAAGCUGAGCCCUCCUCGAGGAGCGUGGACGGAGGUGAAGAUGGAGGCAUCGUAGUGGGUGUGGAGGAUGGAGAAGCGGAGGAUGCAGGGGAGGAGAACACUCCCCCCGAACCCGAGGGCUCCAUGUCGCAGAGCCAGGACCCUCUGCCCUCCUCGGACCCUCCGUCGCCGCCCUCCUCGGGGUCCCAGAUGGAAGAUGGCCGCGUGCUGUUAGACACCUGGUACGUCAUCAAGCCGGGGAACACCAAGGAGAAGAUCGCCUUCUUCGUGGCUCAUCAGUUCAGCGGGGCAGGGCAGCCACGACCCAGCACCAUGAAGGUGAAAGGUAACUGGGCGACGGACUGCAGUAAAGCCAAGAGAAGAAGACGGUGUUCCUCGUACGACCCUCCGACUCGCUCCCAGGCCUCGGAGCUGAACCUCAGCCACGAAUGCCCUCUCUCCCCCCCGAGCCCCGACGAGCCUCCUCUGGUGAGCGAGACGGACCUGCUGUCGGUGGCAGAGAUGGUGGCCCUCGUGGAGCAGAGGACAGCGAUGGCCCUCCAGGGGAUCGUGGCCGUUCAGAGUCAGUGUCCUAACGGUCAGGGUCUCACCCCUCACACUCUCCUGCGGGGCACCGUGUCCGACCCCAGCCCCAUCGUGUUCGUGUCGGACAGUUCGAGUGGCCAUCCCUCCAAAGAGUCAUCGUCCCCCAUCCAGACGGACCAGGAGCUGGAGGAGCAGCAGCAGCAGGAGUCCCUCAGGGUGGCCCAGGCCAUCGCGCACUUUGAGUCCCAGAACCAGGAGAACCGGCUCCAUCUGGGACCUGAAACAGACUCUUCUGUCCAUCCAGAGAGCGAGCGUCGGAGAGGAGGGGAGUCCGGCGUCGCUUCGCCUCCUCCGCCCCCCAGUCGCAGUCACGGCGAGGUCAGAAUAGCUUUCCGAGUGUCGAACAUGGACCCCCGGUCUCAGUUAGAGCCGGCUGGAAGGUCCCGAUGUAUGUUCAUGAGCUGUGGGGGAGGGGGGGGGAGCCAGGCGGCAGCCAGGGCCAAAGAGAAAAUCACCUGCGACCUCUACCAGCUGGUCAGCCCCUCCUCCAGAGACCCCGGGAGUCUGCUGCUGGCCGCCACCUCCGCCGCCCCCAAACCAGACGGAGACCUCCAUCACCCGGACAGGCCGAGCUGCGGCAGCCCGGACCCCACCCAGGAGGAGAAGAAGUCCUCGGGGAUGGGGAGGGAGCGAGUGACCGGCUUCCACGUGGAGGUGGUGGUGACGGGCGCUGUGGACCAAUGUGUGUUUUACGGCAAAGACAGUACGGAGAAUGUGCAGGAGGAGACGGUGUGUUUCGCUCUGCCCAGUGGAGGGGGCGGCUCCUCAGACCCUUCAUCAGACGACCCCCCUCCCGGACAGCUGUUCUUCCUGCAGCCUCCACGGGGUCCAGAGGAGGAUUUAAAAGGAACGAGUGGUGGCGUUGGGUCGGGGAUUUGCUCUUUGGACUGUGCGAACAACAACAACAACGGCGGCGGCCCCGGGGUGUCCGUCGGCUCGGGGGAGCGACCGGAUUCUCCCGUGGACGACUGCUCGGACCCCUCGCUGUGUCGCCUCUACCGCCACGUGUCACAUGACUUCCUGGAGAUCCGCUUCCAGAUCCAGCGCCUCCUGGAGCCGCGGCAGUACAUGCUGCUGCUGCCCGACCACAUCAUGGUGAACAUCUUCGGAUACCUGCCCACGCGCUCGCUGGCCGCCCUCAAGUGCACCUGCCACUACUUCAAGGUGCUCAUCGAGAGUUACGGGGUUCGAGCGGUGGACUCGCGGUGGAACCAAGACCCUCUGUACCGCGAGGACCCGUGCAAGCAGUGCAAGCGGCAGUACGAGCGCGGGGACGUUUCUUUAUGUCGUUGGCACCCCAAACCUUACCACCACGACCUGCCUUACGGACGCUCCUACUGGAUGUGCUGCCGGCGGACGGACAAAGACACGCCGGGCUGUCGGGUCGGGCUCCACGACAACAACUGGGUCCAGCAGCCGGCCGACGGCUCGCAGCCCAUUCGCACCAAGAGGGAGGACAGGAGGGAGGAGGCCAGGUAGAGAAAGGGGGGAGUACUCUUAGGAUUACGGAGAGGAAUCAGCACUCCAGGACUAUUGUCUUUGCUCCAGCACUCCUGGCCUGUCAGUGAAGUGGUAAAGAAGGAAGAGAGGUGUAUCACUCUCCUUGCCUUUUAGUUUUUUCAAGCCCUCCAGAAUCCCUCUCCUCCAGAGUGGCACUUACUUUAAAAACCAGGGUUGGGGUCCCCUCUGUCAGCCCUCUCUUUCUGCCUCUUACUCAUCCGGGUGUUUCCUGUCUAACUCCACACACGGCCGUUGAAGGUCAUUCACGUGAAAGAACUUUUUGCAGUGUAUUUGAUUGAGAUUAGCAUCCAUAGUGACGCAUAGAAAUGUAUCGCCCUAGAGCCUGCUUACUGUUCCCAAAUACUCGUUCUGUGUUCUGUGUAGUACCACAUGUGAGCUGUACGACGGUGCUUCAAUGAAAUGAGCUGUACCCAAGUCCCAGCAGAUGUAAAAAGUGGAUGUGGAAUGUGCCGCUCUAGAAAUGUGAUUGUAUAAAGCAAACUUGAGUUCUCCGUUGUACAAGACGCCAUUUUGUACCUGUCCUGCGCCAUGCGUUUCUACUUCUCUGAAUGUGCUGUAACAGUGUACUACGUUUGAUUAGUCCCCUGAUAAUGCUGCUGAAAUCAUUGCCUGUGUCACUGACGUUAUUAUUAUUGCUGAAAUAGCCAUACCAUUUGGUUUAAUGGCGGGCACAGUUCUCGUCGUUGUUUCAGAGCGGACCCUAACCUUGAGACCAGUGGGAUUGAAAAAAGAGAAACUUGAUGGCCUGAUGUCACUUUGUAUGGUUUGAUUGACUUGCUUGUUUGCCAUUUUGUUUGUUUUUGUUUGGCUGUUUUACUGAGGUGUGUGUGUGUGUGUCAGAGAAUGUUUGCUGUCGUUUGCUUUUAUUCUUGAGGACUGUGUUCUCCCUGUAAAAAGUCUGUCAUCCAACUGCAAAGAUGUAUUUUUUGUUUUUUUGAAAUACUCCAUCUUUGUUUCCACCCCCUCUCCUUCCUGUCCUGCAUUGCGGCCGAGGGCAGUGUUUUCCAAAGCCGUUAUCCAUGCUUCGAAGCGGGUGAAACCAACUACCACAGAAACUCUCCACACCAGCUUCCAGCCUUAAAAACCCUUUACCUCUUACCCCCCCCCAUUGCAGGAGAUUGAGGCGUCAGAAACCUCACGUACGAUGAAGAGUUUUGGGAGUUGCACAGGACCCUGUAGUUGGCUAGAUUUCAGACUCCACCCAUAACUCUGUGUGUGGGAGUGUAAGACGGACAGUGCCUGGUGGCGCUGCUGACUCUUCAUUCUUGUACAAACCCCCCCCCCCUCUUUCCCUCUCCCUUGCUGUAAAACCCCUGCAAGCUCACAGACUGGACGUUUAAGGACUCGUAUGGUGAAUGAUGCUGAAACGGUGCAUGGAGGUGGGCGGACGGUCGGGUAUUCAUGGGAGAACUCAGUCGGUUCCAGACAUGUACAAUGCUAAUGGGAAAUAUCUGCUUAAAUAAAAACAGAAGUGAUGAUUAAAACUGGAAAUCUGAAGCGC